GAAAAGCUGUUUUGGGACGGAUACAUUGCAUUUGAGAAGGGGGGCUGUGUCUAGUCCGCCCAAUAUUUCUUAAAAACUCAGAUAAUACAUACCAUCCCUCUCCUUCAUUUUCCAAACCAUCAUCUCUCUCUCUCUCUCUCUCUCUCUCUCUGUUAUCUUCUAGGAUUUCUUGUGAUGAGAAAGGGUGUGCUAUUCCUGUGAUGCAUUCAGAAGCUUGCGGAGAUCUGGAUCUUGUUCUGCUUUUUUUCCUUAUUUCGCUUGUUUUUGCUCUCGAUCGAGGGGUUUUCGGUGGGAAGCAGUGCGGAUUCGGAUCUCAAGGGUUUUCUAGGUUGCAUCCAUGUCGGCGCUCGUCAACUACGGAGGUGAUGCGGAUUUCUGCCCUGCUGCUGGGGCUCUAUACUCGAAUCCCAUUGAUUCGAGUCUCUUCCUCUCUCUUGCCCCUCAUGUCGAUGUGUAUUACCCUCCUCGCAAGAGAUCCCGCAUCAGUGCGCCGUUCGUUUUCGGAGGAGAUUGGAUCAAGCAAGAGAAACGCUGCUCCAUUGAUGUUCUUCCUGACGAGUGCCUCUUUGAGAUCUUCAGACGGUUGCCUGGAGCCCAGGAGCGGAGCACCUGCGCCUGUGUUUCCAAGCGCUGGCUUAUGCUUCAGAGCAGCAUCCGGAGGAUCGAGAUCUAUAGCAGCAAACCCAGUAUUCUGAAGGAGGAACCGGUUUCAGAUGAGGUAGAGAAAUCUUCAAAGCUUGACGGUCCUUCUCCAAUUUCUAAGUAUGAAGAGAUUGUCUCUGUGAAUGAGGAAGAGGAAUCUGAGGGCGAUGGAUAUCUUUCCAGAUGCUUGGAAGGGAAGAAGGCAACAGAUAUCAGACUUGCUGCCAUGUCUGUUGGCACCUGUAGCCGUGGUGGUCUGGGAAAACUUCAGAUCCGUGGAAACAAUUCCACUCGUGGGGUCACCAAUCUUGGUCUCAGCGCCAUCGCUCGUGGUUGUCCUUCACUCCGUGUCCUAUCUCUCUGGAACGUCUCAUCCGUCAGUGAUGAAGGUCUAUCUGAGAUUGCAAAUGGGUGCCACAUGUUAGAGAAGCUCGACCUCUGCCGGUGCCCUUUGAUAUCUGACAAGGGUAUUCUUGCUAUUGCAAAGAACUGCUCAAGCUUGACUUCACUGACCAUAGAAUCUUGCUCAAAGAUUGGAAAUGAAAGUCUGCAAGCUAUUGGCCGCUGCUGCCCGAAUUUGAAGUCUAUUUCUAUCAAUGACUGCCCGAUGGUGGGGGACCAAGGUGUUGCAGGUCUGGUAUCAUCGGCUUCCUCUGUCUUGACGAAGAUAAAGCUUCAGGCCCUGAACAUCACUGAUCUUUCUCUGGCAGUCAUAGGCCAAUAUGGCAAGGCUGUUACUGAUAUCACACUCACUGGCCUUCAGAGCGUGGGUGAGAGGGGUUUCUGGGUCAUGGGCCAUGCAUUUGGCUUGCAAAAGCUGAGAUCCUUCACAAUCACCUCAUGCUCGGGUGUGACAGACGUGGGCCUUGAAGCUGUGGGAAAGGGUUGCCCUGACCUUAGGCAGCUCUGCCUUCGAAGGUGUCCCUUCCUGUCUGACCAGGGCCUGAAGGCCUUCUCCCAAGCUGCAGCAGCUCUGGAAAGCCUGCAGCUGGAGGAGUGCAACAGGAUCACCCAACUUGGGGUUCUAGGCUCUCUUUCAAACUGUGGUGACAAACUGAAGGUGCUUACCCUGGUAAAAUGCCUCGGGAUCAGAGAUACAGUUUCUGGCUUGGCUCAGCUCUCUCCCUGCAAAUCUCUAAGGUCCUUGACCAUUAGCAACUGCCCUGGUUUUGGUACUGCCGGCCUAGUCAUGGUGGGGAAACUGUGCCCACAGUUGCAGCACAUCGACCUUGCUGGGCUUUGUGGGAUGACUGAUGCCGGAUUCCUUGCAUUGCUUGAUGGCUGUGAGUCGGGUUUGGUGAAGGUGAACCUCGCUGGCUGCAUCAAUCUGACAGAUGUAGCAGUUUCCACGUUGGCCAGGUUGCAUGGAGCCACUCUUCAAGUCCUGAAUCUUGAUGGGUGCAGGAAGGUCACAGACAGGAGCAUGGCAGCGAUUGCAGACAACUGCUUUCCCCUCCUCGACCUUGAUGUGUCAAGGUGCAUGGUCACCGACGCCGGUGUAGCAUCGCUGGCCAAUGCGAUGCAGCUUGAUUUGCAAAUCCUCUCUCUGUUUGGCUGCUCUCAGGUAUCUGACAGGAGCAUGCCUAUUUUGCAGACUUUGGGCAGAUCCCUGGUUGGAUUGAAUCUCCAGCAGUGCAAUCAAAUGAGCAGCGGGUCAGUAGAGCUGCUUGGUGAGCAGCUGUGGUGGUGUGACAUCCUUUUCUAAUCGGGAAAGGAAACUAGAACGCCCUCCCACAGGAAGAAGAAGAAAAAAACAGCUUUGGAAAACCUUUGGAGGUUGAUAACAGUAGUAGCAUCAAAACAUCAUACAGUCAGUCAGUCAGCCAGCUUAUUGGGGGUAGUAGUACUACAGUUAGGUUUUUUAGACCCAUAUCAGCCAUGGGCUUUCGCAUCCCUUUUUCUCCCAGGACUAGGUUGUUUUCCAGGGACUUUGGCCUCUCCCCACCUUUUUUUGCAGGCUUUCCAUAUUUUACGAAAGCCUGUUUCCACUGUUUGCCUCCCCCGUUUGCGGGGAGUUCCCUUUCAUGGCCAUCUGUUCUUGAGAAUACAGCUACCAAGUCCUGGUUUCCUUAGGGUUUCGAUCUUAUCAAAUUUUUUUUUUCUGUCGGGUGUCGUUGGGUUGCCCAGUGUUUUAGCCAAGCAUCAUAUUGGCCCAUGCCAGUGUGUGUUGGUUUUAAGCUUUCAGUCGAGUCGAUCAGAGUCAUCUUGUUGUUUUUCAGGUGUUGGAACCUUGUUUGAAGUCUUUGCUGGGUCUUGUCAUGUUUGGUUGCUUUUGGCAGUUUUAUCGGUGCCUGAGAUGCUCACGGGUUUCGGCAAUGGCAGCUUGUUCUUUUGGGUCUGCCAUGACAUCCCCUGUUCGUAUGUUGGAUGGGAGAUUGUUUUUUUCGCCAAGCCCUAGUUUUUUAGCAGGCGCCUCUUUGUAACUGUACCAAGCAACUUUCAUAUAUCAAUAUCAGCAUUGUGUGAUUGUAUUA